CAGACGUUCCUUUGCGCAUUAUCACAAUAAUGUAAAUAAGCUAGAGCCAAUCAAGGGCAGCCGCGUGGCGGUCGGCAUGUCCGGCGGUGUAGACUCUUCCGUAGUCGCUAAGCUGCUGAGCGAGAAAGACUACGACCUCUCCGCAAUAUUCAUGCGCAACUGGGACGCUCGUGACGAGUCUGGUACGGACGAGGGCUGCGAGUGGAAGAAGGACUGGCAUGACGUUCAGCGUGUCUGCAAGAUGCUGGACAUUCCUUGUAAACUGGUGGAUCUCUCCAAAGAAUAUUGGAACCGCGUCUUCCAACCAUCUCUUGCCUUGUGGGAAGCGGGUGCUACACCUAACCCAGAUAUCUGGUGCAAUAAAGAGGUCAAAUUCGGUGCACUUAUGCAACAUUUGACAUCGGAGGAUACCUGGCUUGCUACAGGCCAUUAUGCACGGAAAGGUUGGGACAUGGAGCAGUCAUCUCCGCGACCUAAGCUCCUGCGCCCGCUUGACCGGCUAAAGGACCAGACAUACUAUCUAUCGGCGAUUCCAGAGAGUAGUCUAGGGAGAACUCUGUUCCCGCUUGCACAGUAUACGAAGGAUCAAGUCAAGCAAAUGGCACGCGACUGGAAGCUGCCUACAGCAGAAAGGCCGGAGAGCAUGGGCAUCUGUUUCGUUGGCGAAAAGCGCCGCUUUGACACUUUCAUAUCUCAGUAUAUUCCGCCGAAACCUGGACCCAUUGUUGACCUCGAUGGUAACACGCUUGGAAAACAUCAGGGCCUGUGGCAGUUUACUCUUGGUCAAAACGCGCGCAUCCCUGGAUUACGUGAAAAAAUGUUUGUAUGCGACAAGGAUCCGGAGUGGAACGAAAUACUUGUUGUGCCGGGAAGUGACCAUAAGGAGAUGUACAGCACGGGUCUCGUGGCUUGUGACUGGCAGUGGAUCUGGGCGGAUUCACCCCCGGAAGGCCUUCGUUCCCCUGACGGUCUCAGAGCUAGAAUGCAGUUCCGACAUCGCAUGCUGGACAUACCAUGCACUGUUUUCGGGACGCCGGAACAGAAUACUGUCCGCAUAAUAUAUGAUGAGCCACAAAAGGUAGUUCCUGCAGGACAAGUAGCGGCCGUGUGGGUUGACGAUUGGUGUCUUGGUUGUGGUGUUAUCGAGCGGACGUUACGUCGAUAGCAGGUCAUGUUUCGAGAAUAUAUACUC